GAUGACAUCCUGUGUGUUUGUUUCACUGCUGUAGAGCUGCUGCAGGGGUUGGGGCCUGAUCGCAAGCGAGCAGUCGGCGCACGGAAAUCCAAGAGCCUUGGUAGUUGUGACAAUACACUGCGACCCUGGAAGGAAGUGCUGUGGGGGCCUCACCUAUUACAGCAAAAUGGGUAGCUAGCAGCCGCCCAGGGGCAGCGCUCCCUCACAGAGGUUGCAAGAUCAAAAAGGCCUUUACUUCCAGUGUGGAAAAGAUCAGCUAGUGCACAGCCUGGCAUAUAAGAACUGGUCAGACACUGCCACCUACUGGAGAAGCCUUUGAAAGGAAAGAACCUAGAGCUGUGAUUGUUACAGCUGACCCAGAAAAGUUGGUCAGGAGACACGGACGUUGUGGUUCCCAGCCAGUUCUGUUCUGAGAGCAAAAAUGGAGACGAUUGCCGUUCAACAUCAACAUCUGGACCUAGAGAAGCAGGAGUCAGGGGAAAAAUUGAUUUGGCCGGAGACCCAAAGCACCAAGUCACCCAUCCAGCUAAAGGAAAGCAUUCUGUAUCGUGACCAAGAGGUUCCUGUGUGUACAUGUGGGAAGGCCACUUGUCUCAAAGUCGUAACUGGAAUCGCAGGCAUAACUGUGGCUAUAAUUCUCGUCGUUUUAGCAGUGCUGGCAACCAAAUCCCACGUGACCAGUUCUCCUUCCCCUGCCGCCUCGUAUCCAGUCUCCUGUCCAGGCCCCUCCUGCCCAGACAGCUGGAUCGGGUACCGAGGAAAAUGCUACUAUUUCUCAGAGAUGGAAGGGAAUUGGACCUACAGCCAGAGCCAGUGCUCUGCACUCAAUUCCUCCCUGGCUGUGAUUGACAGUGAGCAGGACCUGAUUUUCAUGUUGCGCUUUAAAGUCAGAACAGAUCCGUGGAUCGGCCUCCGGAGGGAACCCGGUCAGGGGUGGAAAUGGCCCAAUGGUUUGGAAUUCAACAACUCGUUCGUCAUUCGAGGGGACUCGGACUGCACGUUCCUGAGUGACGACACCGUCAGCUCUUCGAGAUGCUACAUUGAGCGAAACUGGAUCUGCAGCAAACCCGAUGCCUCUGCAAAGGGAACUGAUACGAAGGGGGACUCGAGAGUCUGAAGGUUCAAAUUGCAGCUCUGCUUUGAAAUAAGAUUUAAAAAACUGGCAUUGGAGGCUUCAGGCUUAUUACUUCUCAGCAAAUCUAUCAAAUGUGCCCCAUGUACAAGGGAAAAACUGCAAGCCAAUUUUUCCCCACAGUGACCCUCCCUCAGGCAACUUCCUUCCCCAAUCCUCUUCCCAUACUGCCUUGGUGACCUCUGUGCAGCCCCAUUCUUUCAGUGGGGCUUGCACAGCUAUAAGGCCCAGGCCAAAGAGGGUCUUAGGCAUUGCAACGCUCAGUGUUUCAAAACCUAGCAUGUAGGGGCCUAGCCACCCAGCAGAAUCCACAGCUCGGAAUUAGGCGCCCUCCAAAUAAGGCACUCUUACUCCGGAAUGAGGCUGUGACGUUGCACUCCAUAAUGUUUUAUGGAAAUAGGCUUAUGAGUGUGACUAUAAUGUAACUGGAAUAUGCUUUAUGAAAAAGGUCUCUUGUAAGGUAUCAUUACAAAGCUUAUAGUCUACUUAGUGUGUCCAUCCUAUCUGUAUGAAUGUAUCAUUCUUGUAACUGAAGCUAGAAAUAUGAAGUAUAACUCUGAUGUGCUAUUGUACUUAUGCAAAGUGUGGGCCAUUAAUGGUGGUUUGGAAACUUGAUGGCUCCCAUUGACUAGAACCAUUGGUUGUAAAUGGUCUGUUUACUUGCAAACCUUCCUGGGUGUGUGGGGAAGAAUGGAGAAUGAAGUCUGUCAGUGACAUGUGACCAUGUCACAUGAUACUGGAAUCCAUCUUUAACUUAGUGCUUUUCCAUUUAGAAGGUGGGGGUGGGGACCCAGAGAGACAAAGGAUUCAGGGCAUUUUUGAAAGAAACAUGGGGAAAUAUUGCCAUUGAUUUGUAGUAAACAAUCCAAAUGAUAACAGGGUAGACGGGUCUGUCGGGGGGAGCAGUCACCCACCCACACCCCAGUGCACACAGGACUUGUAGGAGAGGGAGGAAGAAGCGGACUUAGUUUAUGCUCCCACUGCUUUUGGAAAUCUGGCACCUAAAUGGGAGCAGAACUCUUCUGAAAAGCUAACCCCAGAUAUGUCCCCCGUGUGCACGGAGAGCAUGAUUCAACUUUCCCAUAACUGCCCCCCAGACGACCCCCAUUUCAGGUUGCCAACCUUCCAGGAUUGGCCUGGAGUCUCCCGGAAUCAGCAUCAAUCUCCCGGUGACUAUUGAAAGCAAUCCUGGAGAUUUUAAUAGGCUAUUUUAAGAAAUGACAUUAUGUCAUGGGGGGGUGGGGGAGGGAAAUCUCCCGGAAUAGCUUCAGUCAGAGUUGGCAACCCUACUUUGUGCUCUAUGGGAGACUCACCGUGAGGCUGGGGUGGGGAGAUGCCAAAAUUGUGCCCAGUUGUUAGAUAUUUACCCAUUCACCCCAUAGGCACUUUCUAGCUCUAGCUAUCCAUGCGUUCCCAUACAUAGCAUCUGUCUAUCUUAUCUAUCACAUUUUUGAUGGAAAAUUUAAUAAAAUUGCGGAUUUAAAAAUUUAGGGGGGAAAUGUUAAAAAAAUACUGCAUCCAAAACAGAGAGAGAGAAAGAGAGAGACCAGCUGGGUCAAUUUUGGAGGAUUUGAAAUAACUUUGAAAUUUCCAAAUGUUUUGCAGAAAUGUUUGUUUUUCGACCACCUCUAGAAGCAAGUUCCAAGUAAGGACAAUAGACCAGAUCCUCAAUGCAGCUUCAGUUUCCUUUGCUUUCGGGGCUGCUGUCUGUUGAGCUGAGAUCCCCUGGCUCAAAUGGCAGCAGACGUCAGGAGACUGUGACACACACAGUGGGGCAGCUCAGCAAAGUCUCGUGAUAUCUGGUGCUUUCCCUCAAGCCUCUGCUCCAGGAGUCAUGUGAUGUUUAGAGAACUGCAGCUUUCAAUUAACAGCAGGUGUCUCGUCUUUGUGGUGGGGAGAAAAGCCUGAGAAGAUGAGCUGAGUGUACUGGGGAGGCUCAAAGCCACAAAUUUAAAAUCUUUGACUGAAAAAAUCACAUCUCAUGAUUUGGGGGGGAGGGGGAAAUUCGGCUCAUGAUUUUGGAACGGGUGGGGUUGGCUGCCCUGUAGCCUGUCACAGGCUGACUGGCCCCUUUAAAGGGAAAUGGGACCAGCCCCACCUGUGCCAUAAUUAAUUAGCUGCUUCUCAGCCUGAGGGGAUGGGACUGUAGCCUGAUGUACAGAUUAUGAAUAAGAAUUCCCGGUUCUCACUAUAAGGGUAGACAGGUCCUUGGCCCAAGAUCAGGCCCAGUAUUAAUACAAUUAUUCUAUGGUUGGGAACCCCAUUGUGUACAGGUGCAACACUCAUUAUAGGAACUCUUCGAUAUUUACAACUAAAUAAUUUAUUAAUACAUUUGGCCGUAUAGCUAAGUUUCCCCUCUUCCACCUCACUUCCUUUUCAACUUCCCUUGGAAAGUGUUUCCCUCAGCUCCCGCAGGCACAGCCAUUCCUGUCUCCUCUCUGCCAUGCGGUAGGUUGGUGUGUUCCGGGGGCUCUUAGUUCUAGCCUGUCUGGGCUUUUUGCUGCCACUUCAGGUAAGAAAUCCCAGCUCCCUUCUGUACUGUCCAAUGGGGCUGGGGUCCUAGGCAGAAAAGGGGAGGUGCAAGGCUGGCUUUAGGUAAAAUGGCACCCUGGGCGAACUUGUAUUUUGGCACCUCUGGCCCCUGUGGGUGUGGCACCCCCCCCUCCGUUGUCCCUGGCCUCCACGGGAGCCCCUCCAUUGUCCCUGGCCCCUGCGGGUUCCCCACCCCAUUUCUGCGUCCCUCUAAGGUGCAUGCCUGGGCGGCUCUACAAGAGGGCUUCAAGGGCUGUACACCUGAUUAGUGGAGCCCUGCAGACGUGGUGGCUCCACUAAUUAGGUGCCUGGACCCUGGAGAGGACACAUGUGUAAGGUGAAGUGGUGGCUUUGGGGGGAAUAGGAGAUAGGUGUGGGGGUGGGGGCAGUUUUGGGCGUGCAGGGCUGCGGCGGCCAGGGAGAGACACCCCCCCCCCUUCCACCCCAGCUCGGUGGCUGCCA